GACAAAAAAAAAAAAAAAAAGCCACACUCAGAGCUAGUGACCAUGCCUUGUCUGCUGGUACCUGCCUUCCACCGCACCAUGCUCUUUUCGAUGAUGGCUCAUUGUUACUUUCUUUGGAGGGAGCUCCAGCCCUUCCGAUUGUCCUUGCUGGUCCUGUGUUGGGGAUUGAGCUGAUGGAACCUUUGCUCUUUGCUGGGGUACCCGUCUCCUCGUUCCUUCUGCCUACAAGACUUUCUUGAGGAGGCUGGCUUUAGCAUACUCACUGUUUCUGCAGAUGUGCUCAUGGGGUAGAGGGAUGUAGGGCUUGUUGAGCAGAGCGCUGGAAAGUUGAGAGCCCUGCCUAGUGAAGCCUUCUAGGACUGCGAGUGUGUGGGGGAGGAUGCAUGUUCCAGGUGCUUCCCGUUGGAAGGCCUUGCAGCAGCUCCCAUGCCACGUGCCACGUGCUGUUGAGAUCUUCCUUUGUAGAUUGUCGUUUGCUGAAUGAAGUUCAUCACAGUGCGACUGGGGCAUACGAGGGGCUCGGUGUUGUCUCGCGAAGCAAAGUGGUGGCUUCUCCUUGUGGCCUCUGACAGAGUUGGUUUGCCCUCUGCAGCCAUGUGCUGAGUGCACGAAGCUCCUUCGGCCUUGCUGCGCUUCCCUUGCCUGCUUCCCAAAGUUUCUCUCUGCCAAGCGGAGGGUGGCUGAGGUGAGAGAUGGAGGCAGAGCUGUCAGCACCGCCCCCUCAGGGGCCUCACUUUGGUCCCCUGCCCAUGCUGAGGCAAGAUGUGUGUGGCCUGGGAGGUGUCGGCCCCUUUGUGACACGGUGGGUGUCAUCAUGGGGCUCGGCUAUAAAUCCCCGUCCCCGCCGUGCCCGGCCACACUUCCCAGCAAGGCCUGGGAGGUGUUGGAGCUGCUCUCGCCAGCGCUGCUCUGCUCCACAGGAGCUGCUCUGCCAGCAGCAGAAGGCGAGGGGAGCCUGUGGGAGAGAACGCUGGUUGGGAAGUGUUGAGGAGGAGGAGGAGGAGCCAAGGGAGUUUUGUAGCAGGAAGAGCACCUCUUUCCCAGCUGCUGUAAGGCAGGGGCAAAGAUGAAGCACUACCUGCUCUUCAGCCCCUUGAAGCCUGAGGAACUUUCAUUAAUUAAGGAGCUCACCAGCAAAGAAAUCUGCCAAGUGUGGGAUAGUACAUCCAAAUACAUCAGAAGGCAGCUGUUGCGGAAGCAGGCGGUGAAUAUUGGAAUCGGAACAUUUGCCGUUGUGCCAGCAGAUACCACUAGUGCCGAUGGCAAGGCUAUGGUUGUUCAGAAACCCGUGUUCCAGCCCUGCAGGUUUAUGAAGACAUUUUACAAGCUCAAGUGUGCCGAGAACGAAAUUUCUAUCGAGACACUAGUUGCUCCGCUGGACUUUGGGCAGAUUGCCUCAGACAUCCGCUUCCGACCACAAAUAGUAGAGCAGUGCAUCCACGAGACCCUGCUUCUCUUCGCUGGUGCCCUCCUGGAAGAAAAGGAUGUGGAAUUCUUCUUCAAGGGUAUCGGCAUUCUUACUGUGCGAAGAAAAGUGGUCACCAUGAACUUCUACACUGAGUUCCUGCUGGAGGUGGAUGGCACUAACAACAUGUAUGAAGCUCUUCUCACGGACUCCAAGAUGAUGGAUAUGAUUGCAUUUGACGGCAAAAAUAAAUAUACUCGUAUCAGCGGAAAUAGUUUCAUCACACUACCAACGCUUAUACUUCAGAACCCGCACUGCAAUCCGAUUUCCAUCAAGCCCAAAAGAGAUCCGCAGCCUUGGGGCACGGGUGGCCGAAGAGUGAGUGUGCUGGACCCGGUGGUGCUGGCUCAGAGGAGGGUUUCUCUAGCCAAGAUGGCAGAGAAGAAAAGAAAGGAGGAUAAAACCAAGCAAGGUGACCAAGCCAGAUUCGAGCCACCAAUUCAUGAGAGGUCUGAGGAGGAGCUGAAGAAGCCAAAACCUCCAGCUCAUCCACAGCCUAAGCCCCCUGAGCGCCUGGAUAAUCCUCAGGACCCUCCAACAACGAGGGCGCCCUCUGUGCGUGCUCGGAUGGAAGAAAGACGGCACAGAAUACUGAUGGCCCACGAGCGCAAAGAGCUUGAGGAUGAAAUCUGGGGAGAAUACGAUGCAAUCCUACGGAGUAGGAGCAGGGAGCGAGAAAAGAACCCCGUCUACCACCUGCUGGAAUGUGGCCGACGUCCAUCCUGCCUGUUGAGAAAGGAAUACGACAAGAAGCUGAAGGAGAGGAUGAAAGAGAAUGUCGGAGGCCAAAGCCCUGUGAGCCAGAAGGCAUCAGAUGGGUGGAAGGAAGAGCCACAGCUCCCCAGAUUCGAGCCACCAAUUUGUGAGAGGUCUGAGAAGGAUCUGAAGAAGCCAAAGCCUCCAGCUCAUCCACAGCCUAAGCCCCCUGAGCGCCUGGGUUUUUCUGCUCAGAAAACUGCAACCACGGGAGUGUACUAUAUGCGCACUCUGAGAGAGGAAAGACGGGAACGAAUACUGACGGCCAACAGGCUCAAAAGGAUUCAGGCUGACUCAUGGGAUAAAUACGAUUCCAGCAUGCAGAAGCUGAUCUUUGAGCAAAGACAGAAGAACUUCCACCACACUGUGGACUGUGACCAACGUCCGUCCUUCCUCUUAAGAAAGGAGUACAAUGAGAAGCUGAAGGAGAGGCUGAAUCCGAAUGUGAAAGGCCAAAGCCCUGUGAGCCGGAAGGCAACAGAGAGGGGGCAGGAAGAGCCGCAGCUCCCCAGGAGAGCACAGAGAGAGAAAGGGGAGAAGACAAGGCUCUUGGACCACCAUGGGAAGGCCCAGGGCGUGCCGUCCACGCCAGGAAACCACGAGAGGCCCUGCAGCUUCCAGCUGCAGAGGCCGUAGCCAUCAACUCCAACACCAAAAGCUGAAGCAGGCGCCAGCACCAGUACCAGGGACACUCAAGCAGAAGCUCCCACCGCUGCUCAUGGUGCUGCCCCCUUUGCAGUGUGAGAGCUGUCAGCAAGGGGUGUGAAGAGCACCUUCCAAAGGCUGACCUGACAAAUAAAGAGUGCUGGUGCCUGCUGCCAGCUGGACUGACCGCGCUGCUCCCUGCAUGGCCUUUUUUUUGCACAAAAGAGGAGAGGAGAAGCCCUGCAACUCCCAGUACUGCUCCCAUGGUCCCUCCCACCUCUCCCGGUGGAGGGCAGCUCGUGCAGGGGGACCUUGGGCCCUGUGGCAGAGGGCUUCUCCCAGCGCUGACGAGAACCAUCUGCCGCCAGGGACUUGCUGCUUUGCAGCAAUGGCCGGGAAUGACAAGCAGGUUUCUGUCUGUGGUACACCUUCCUUGACAUCCAUUUUACAAUUUGUGGGCCCAC